GAGAAAUCGCAUCGUGUUUCAUUCACAACGCGAGCGCCACUGGCAAUGUCGGGAAGUGACAGCCCAACAUUCUUUCACGGCCAGCCCUGGUCCAGCUGGAUCGAAAAAAUCGGACGAGACAAACCGUUGAGCGAUGAAGAACCGGAUGCUCAACUUACUAGUUCUGUUACGAGACUUUCAGCUGAAGACAUCGAUUUAUAUGGAUUUUGUCCUGAAAGGGAUGCUUUUUACACGGUAGUAUGUGAAACCUGUCAUGCAAUAGUCAAACCACAGGCUCUCAUUCAACAUAUGGAAAGUCGCCAUCCUUCUGGUACUGUCAAUUUUCCACCUCCCUCCACUCCAGUCGUAAAAACUCCUCUGAAGACGCCCUAUUGCAAGGUGUCGAAACUGAAAAAGACGCAGUCAUCGCCUCAGAUCUCAAAUAGCGGGAGCAAUAAGAUCAAUCACACGAACGUGAAACGGAGCACGGAACAGCCAAGCAUCUCAACGAACUUGUCAUCUUCAUCGAUACCGAUCUCAUCGUCGCCUCGAUCGCCUCUUGAGUCGUUACCAUCGUCUGUUCAAACAUCGAACUCUGGAUCAGGAACUGUAAUUAGCUCGAGUCCUGUAAAAAGCCCUGGCACAGCGACCGGUCAACCUCGUCGGAAGAGACUCAAAACCGAUCGGUCGUUGCUCAAAGAUCGAGAGUACGACCCAGAUCGACAUUGUGGAGUGUGGAACGAGGAAACAGGCAAGCCUUGCACCAGGUCGCUUACGUGCAAAGCGCAUACGGUUUCGUUGCGGCGGACAGUCAUCGGUCGGAGUAAAACCUUUGACAAACUCCUCGCGGAGCAUCGUGCCUCGAAGGAAGUUCCGAACAGGCCGACAAAAGUGACUGUGACCGGUACGGUGACCGUGUCCUCUGGGACCUCGAACUUGAACCCCUUAACGCCCACCAACCCCGCCCUGACCAUCGAAGCGGAAACCCCCAGCUCACCACCCGUUUUAUCGCUGCCAGACACAUAUCCACUGCCAAAGGCUGUUGAUUUGCUUUAUCGGUGUCUGGCCCCGCAUGGCUCCACUAAACCUACCAAGCUCGAAGAGGACUUCGUCAACGAGGAGCUGAGGAGUCUGGAAUCGUCGCUAGUGAACUCGACCGGUUCGACGCAAUCGAGCUCGAUGAUGGCGCCGAUAUCCGUGGUGUUGCCAUCGCUGUCACCGUUACCGGCUAAUAACGAGGAAUCGUCGUCAUCGGUCGCCACGCUGAUACCGAGCACAGCAUCCCCAGCUAUACCGGUGCCAGCAUCACUGCCAGCCACGUGUACGCAACCGCCGUUGGUCACGACGGUUCUCGAGGCUGAAACACCUAUGGACAUCGAUCCAGAAGCGGCAAUGACCAUCUAUUCCCCUGUAUACCAAGAUAAAUCCAAAUUGCUGGUCGAAAUACCACGUUCAAACAAUAUCGUCCACUCUCCUAUAUCAUCUAUGCCCAGUCUCUUAUUCGAAUCUAUGGAUCAACUCGAACAGCUCGAACAGUUGGAACAGCAACACGCGACUCAGAUCAAUGGAAAGAGACUGAAUCACGUGACUCAUUCGAGUCCUGUUACGCAAUUACAGUCAAAGAGGACCAAACACGAGUACCAUCAACAGGACCUGUCCACGGCGAUACAGGUUGAGGCUACGACCACUUCCUCGCCUUAUCCUCAUUUCGGGGAUAUAUCUUGGUCGAACUGUCACCCGGAGCCACUGGCUGUCAGUCGGUGGCUUCGUAUUUCGUCCAGCCGUAAGCAGUACAACUUUAAUAUUCACUGACAUAAGACCCCACCCACUCCAGGCUGAGGACUGUACGCCAUGGGCGUUUGUCUACCUCCUCUUUUUUUCGAGAUCCUUUUUUUCAUGGUCGUCCUCGUCGCCGUCGUCGUUGAUGGUCUAAGUCUGAAGCCUGUCGAGAAGGGGACAAGUCUUGAUGUGCGGUGAACUUCGAUGUGUUGAGCAUGCGCACGACGGAAAGAAAGACACGUGAGCAAUUAAUUGGUUAUACGUGGAAUCGAAAUGAUAACGAUAUAUGUGUUUUUGCAUGCUUCGUUCUCCCUGCCGAAAUGAAACAUCUCGAACAGGAACAUACGAUAGUUACAAAUUUACGGUCCUUUCACUCUGUACAACAAUGUCGGUCUCUAUUCCGCCAGGCGACGAUCGUUUCCUUUGAAACAACAAACCAUCAUCAUCGGAGAUUCAUAGGCAGGUUAAUCGCAUUAUCACUUUAGGGGAUAUACGCGUACAACUGGAACAAACGAGAUUCCGCGUAUGAAAACAGAAGCACGUAUCGAAUUUUCUUCUUUCUUGUCUUUCGAUACUUACUUUGCAACCAUUUCUACGAUACUAUAGAGACUGAUUAAGGAAGAACCACAUAUUGCGGACGUGAUUCGUCGGAUUUACGAAAUCGCUGACUAACGUUCCUGGUACAUUAUCAUUAUCUUCUUUGAACUGUUGUUUCAAGAGGCCAGAUGGAAAACGAAAUAGCAUCUCGUAUCUCGCAACGAUGCUUCUGUUUUGAUAUUUGUACUUUCCACAGAAGAACGUACGAAUCACCGAGUGAUGCAACAAUAGCAACGCCAGCCUCAUCGUCAAGUAUUAAAUUGGCAAUAGGUAGAUAUUAUAGAACAUUGACUGAAAUACAUAUGAGUAUGAUGGUUUUUUUCACAAAAUUCAUUUUUUUGUUCCGAAAAUCGUUGCAACAUCUCUCGCGGAGCAGGCCGAUAUAUAGAUUCGAUUCUAAUCGCUGUGUCCUGACGGCGCGGCAGUUCGCUCGAAACAAAAAAGAAAGGAGGAAGAAAUAAUAAAAAAAAAAAGGAAACAGUGUGAAAACGGACGCGUUUGAAAUAAGUCACACUGUCCGUGUUUGCCUGUUAAAAAUAGAGGUUUUCAGUGAGGAGAGAAGCGACGAUGAUAAUAAGUGAAAUGAAACUACAUCGAAUUUUAGGCGAUUAUCCUGUGUGUGUUUGUGCGCUUGUAAAAAGGAUAAAGGAUUACGUGACCAAGCAACAGAUACAAAAAGAAAGAAACUUUCUUUUCUUUCUACAGGAAGUUUAACAAACGGAUUUUAGUAGAAAGAGUAGCUACUAAAAAAGUAGCUUCAAUAAGCAGUGUUUGUUAAUUUUUUCUUGUUCUUCUUUUUUCUUCUUUUAGGAGAUGCCGCUGAGUGGCAUUUAAAAUUUCAGCUCAGAAUUUUUUUGUAAAUAAUCAAUUUGACGGAUCAAAUAAUCAUUUACGGCUAGCUAUCCUCUUGUAAAUACGUUGAAUAAAAAAAUGUAAAACGUAGUUAGUCGUAACACGGAGCGGCCGAUCAUCGAACUAUCUUGCGCGUAGAAUUUCGACUUAUUUUCCAAUUAAAUUGCGGUUCGCGUACAGAGGGUCUCAUCUUGUACAUACAUAGAUCAUAGUAUACAUUUAUACAUAUAUAUAUUUUUUUUAUCGAUCACGAUCUCUUCAACGUUUUUACGUAUAUACAUAUAUACAUAUAUACAUAUACGACCUCACUACCUACCAUCAUCAAUAUUUCCUUUAUAUCUCUUCUUAUUUGUAUCUUCUUUAUUAUUUUGUUUUCUUCUUUUUUGUUCUUCUCUUUAUUCUAUUUUUUCUUAGUCUUCUCUGCUUCGCUCUGUUCUCGUACGUAUGUAUAUUCUAUUGCACAAUUGUGUACAUCGUGUAACGCAUUUAUCCAAUGAUUUCGGUUUAAUGCCACGAUUUCUAUUUUUUUUUACAAAAAAUAGAAAAAUUCGACGGAUAAAUCGUGUGUGCGGAUUUCGUUUAAUCGGUGAAGGAAUUUUCACUGGAUCGUAGGCAACGACAACAGCACACGUAGCGAAAAUUUCGUUCAGGCAAUCUUUAGCUUCUUGUAAGCUCGUACGAAAUUUUUAAAGGGAGAUUCGAUGAGUCUUUCAGUCGAGUUAUGGCUGAUGAUUUUAGCAAAGCCGUACACAUUGUCCCGAAUAUAGUAGAUAAACCUUUCAUCACCAACCACCAUUCACUAUUAUCCCACCCGAGACAAUUUAUUUUUGUAAAACUGUCGGUUCUAAUUUGCGUCGUGGCGCUAUGUCGGUUUUUCCAGCAUGGCGCGUAUGGUGGCGUAUAUCUAUGCAUAUAUUUACGGACUUCUUAUCAUAGAUUGUGAUAUUUAACUAAUUAACGAUUAGUCAAGAUUAUUCUAAAUCGUGCGCAUGCGUUAGUGAAUGAAAGAGUAACGACAGAUAGGUGGCCAAAUUAGGAAUGGUAUAGAAAGGAAUGUGAAGUCCACGGAUGAAAAUGAUGAUAAGUCACGUUUCCCGACUUUUGUAGGAGAGCAAUUAUUCAAAAUUCACUACCAUCCAAGCUAUCUUUUCGUUUGAUUUUGGACUUAAACGCGUGCCUUUAUCACUCUUGAUCGUUUGAAAGAUAUCAAUAAGUUUUAAUUAUACAAUUCUCACAAAUAUCUUCGACUCUCUCAGGUUACCAUACCAAAAUACUUGCGUUUCAACUACUUCGUAUGAAAAUAGUUCUUUCUAGAAGUCAGAAGAUGAGGAAAUACAAACUUAUUAUAAUUUUCCCUCGUGUACUUCAAAUAGGACGUAACGAUUGCCGCUGAUCUCCGAAGAGGAAACGUUAGGCGAAAAAGGAAAAGAAAAAAAAAAUGAAACGUUUGCGCUUAGUUCGGCUACAAUUUUCGCUAUAGAUGAAUAAAUUCGCUCUGUGUAUCGUGUUUGUAGCGUUUCGAGGUUUUAUCUCGUUGAGUUUUUUCCGCUUUUUCCACGUGUAUGAGCUGAUUCGUAAAUUAUUUCGUUUCAUCGACGAAUGUAGCGAGAAACGGGGAAAAGAAAGAACGGAAGAAAGUAAAUAAAGGAGAGGGAGUAUAUAAGACGACGAAUAGAUAGAGCAAAUGGGAAAACGGGAGAUAGGGAGAAAAUUAAUAUAGCAAAUAGGGGGGAAUAUGACGUAGAUGUACGUCAUGUCGAGCCGACGAAGAGACGUUGAUUUUUUUCGUUACCGCGCAGUAUAAAUAAUACAAAUGCUAACGAUGUUAUUAUUACUGCUAUUAUUCGAAGAAGAGAACACGUGGGGACAUGUCGGUCUGGUAUUGUCCCGUUCGUUUUAUGUAAAUCGAACUUGGACAACGAUCGAUCGAUGGAGCAGCUCGUUGUGUGCAAGGUAUACACUUUCUCAUCGACCAUAUAAACGAACAUCGCCUUACGAUUCUAGCCAUAAACUUCGCCUUAAGGAUUCAUUAGCGAUCAUAGUAGCGAUUAGCGUGGGUUUCUGUGAAAAAUAUAUUCUCGGGCGAGAUUCAUCGAUCGAUCGUUCGAUGUAAAAAAGAAAAAUAGAGAAUUUAAGAAAAGAAAAGAAAUACUAUUAGCAAUAAAUUAUCGUUCGAUAUCGGACAAAUACGAGGACGAGAGGAAAACUCGUGAACGGACCGACAUGACCAAAUCGUUUCUAAUCGUCGAUUUACUGAUCUUCUCGGCUACCUGAAACCGUGAUAAUUUGUACAUAAAUCGCGUAAGCAAUUACCCAUGUACCUAUGGUAUCAAUGAAAUCUAUAUAGGUAUAUAUUAUAUAUAUACAUAUAUAAAUCUAUAAUAUAAAAAUAAUUCUAUUGACAAGUUGAAGAGAAGAAUGUUAGUGAAAAAUCGCAAACGUCGAAAUGCUGUUAGUCCGCUCGUUUCCGAGUGUACCUUAAACGCUGUAUAAUUCGAGAACAAAAGAAGAUAAGUAACUUAACGUAGAUCGUAUAUUUAACGAUACACGUGUACGUAUAGCGUGUAAUUAUCUCCUGUACAUAACAAGUGCCCUGUGCAUGUUUGUGGCGCACGAAAUGCUGCGUGCAUGCGCGAAAUAUGUAUGAUCUUUUUUAGACUAUUACUACUACCAACUACGUACCACACGUUAGUGUUCAUCGAUCGAUGUUAUUUCGCGCGAGCUUCGAGUAAGUUUCGAGCGGUCCGAGGUUAUAAACACGAUUGACCCGAGCAACAGCACUUUUCUUCAAAAGAAAUGAAAGUCGGUAAUCAACGGCAACAACCCUUGUUAAAACAGUGUUACAUGUCGAGAAAGAAACGGAGAGAAAACAAAAAAAAAAAAAAAUAAUGCUAUUCAUCAGACACGAUCUCUAAGAUUUUCUACAAAGUAGAAGAAAUUCUGAUCACGAUCGUUGGAAAGUGUGGUUGGCGAUCGUUCGAAUGAAAUUCGAUUUUUCUAAGACGAUGAAAAGAAAAAAGAAAACUCGUAAAGCAAUAAUACAUAGUCCAUGAUUAAGAGAAUGCACAGCAAUAAUAUUAAUUUCAUUAUUACCGUAAUAUAAAGGUUAAGAGACGUGUUGUACACGUUCGUGAGGAACACUUUCGUCUCGUACGAACAAUUUGCUCGAUUUCCGGCGAGUUUGAACACACGGCUAAAAAGUGUCAGAGGAUUUUUCUAUCUCGGUGCUGUUACUCACUGCGCAUCAUUUAACAAUCGAACUUCUCGUACAUUGUUUAAAAUCUACGAGAAAUAUGUAAUUCAUCUUUCUUUCUCUUUUUUUUUUUUUUUUUUUUUUUUUUUUUUUUUAUUUUUUUUAAUUGGAACGUUCCAUAUGUCGUAUCACUUUUAUUAUUGCUUUUCUUCCUCGACGAUAUAGAAACAGAAGACUUUACUACGUUCGAUCGAUCGUUGGACGAUUUAAUUAAGUUCUUUUUUCUUGCUCUUUCCUCUUUCGUUCCGAUGAAAUCGAACCUUCCGGACAGUGUGGAACACGCGUCUAGUAUGUUCGUUUCGCUCGUCAGAUUUCAGUAGAAAUUUAAAGGAAUCCGCGUGAAACUGCGGUGCACCAGACAUUUCGUGGCUCGCAUAAGACUGAGUACGCUUAAAACGAAGGAAGAGAUGAAUUGUACGUUUGCGGCAUGUUUAAAAGAAAUUGACCGAUUUACGAAUAGAAAAGAAAUAAAAAUGAAAUUUUUAGUCGGCUUAGGAUAUUGUUGCGAAUUUUCGUCUCUUUUAAUUUAUAGUUUAGGAAAAGAAGAAAUGAAAAUGGAAGGAAGAGUGCGAGAGAAAGAAUGAGAGAGAGGGAGAGAGAGAGAGAGAGAGAGAGAGAAAAAGAAUUAUACGGUAGAUUCGAACUGUUUUGCAUGACCUGUUCCGAAUCACCCUGUGUACGUUCAGGAGCGUCAGAACUAUGAUUCUGCUUUUUUUCUUUGUUCCGUGUACAAAACGACGCGUGCGUUAAUAUACGUUCGCUCGUCGUCUCAGAGCACUGUAAUUUCACGCGGAGGAGAAGA